AUGGAGAUCGACGACGCACCAUCGCAGGCGCAAACCCGUCGGGAACGCCUCAGGGCAGCCAUCUGGGACACCCGGGACAAAUCGCCGGAAGAAAGGGCGCUGGUGCGCAAGGUCGACUGGUGGUUGCUCAGCUAUGCGUGCACCGCAUACUUUAUCAAAUCGCUUGAUCAAUCCAACACCUCCAAUGCGUAUGUGUCCGGCAUGGAAGAGGCCCUGGGCAUGAAGGGCAACGACCUGAACCUGCUGACGACGUACUGGAACAUCGGCUACAUCGUGGGCCAGAUCCCCUCGCAGCUGUUGACCACCAGGAUCCGGCCGUCCGUGUGGCUGCCCGCCCUGGAGCUGCUGUGGAGCGUGUUUGUCAUCUCGCUGGCGGGCGCCAAGGACGUCAAGACCAUCUUUGUGCUGCGCUUCUUCAUCGGCCUGUUCGAGGCCUCGGCCUACCCGGGCAUCAUCACCCUGCUGGGCAACUGGUACACGCCCCAGGAGCUGGGCAAGCGCAGCGCCAUCUUCCAGGCCUCGAGCAGCGCCGCCAACAUGUUCUCCGGCUAUCUGCAGGCCGGCCUGUACUCGGGCAUGGACGGCCGCGCCGGCCUCGCCGCCUGGCAGUGGCUCUUUGUCUUCGACGGCAUUCUCGGCAUCCCCAUCGCCCUCUACGGCUUCUGGGCCAUCCCCGACGCCCCCACCACCGCCCGCAACCGCUGGCUGCACCCGCUUGAAACCAAGCGUGCCGCCCAGCGCAUGGAGGCCGUGGGCCGCGCCCCGGCCCGCCGCCUCACAGCGCGCGUCCUCGUCGACAUCUUCCGCUCCUGGCCCGUCUGGCUGUUUUCCGCCGUCUUCAUUGCCCACGUCUGUGGCCUGCGCAUCUACUCCUACUUCAAUGUCUGGCUCAAAGCCACGGGCCGCUACUCCGUCGAGCAGAUCAAUGUCAUCCCCUCGGCCGGCUACGGCCUGCAGAUCAUCUUCACCCUCCUCUACGCCUGGACGAGCGACUACCUCAAGGUCCGCUGGGUUGUCAUUGUCUUUGCCUGUGUGCCCGCCAUCAUCGGCACCAGCAUCCUCUCCGUCUGGCCAGAGCACAACACCGCCGCCAUGAUCGCGGCGUGGCUGCUGACCUAUAUAGAGACCGGCGCCGGCAUUCUCUUCACCUCCUGGGUCAAUGAGACCUGCGGCUUCUCCGCCGAGCACCGCAUCAUUGUCAUCGGCGUCAUGGAGGCCGUGUCCUUUACCUUCAACGCCUGGGUGCCUCUGCUAGCCUACAACACCGCCCAAGAACCGCAUUUCAAGGUCGGCUAUCAGAUCGCCGCCAUGUUCUUUGCUGUUGAGCUUCUUCUCACCCUUGUCAUCGCCGCUGUGGAGAAGCGCUGGCCCGCCCAUCAACUCGGGCGCAAGAGGGAAGAGUCAGCCCUAGUCUGAGGCCAUUCAAGUCUGCCGCCUGAUGGCCUGUUGUUGGCUUUCCUUGAAGCCUUUUACUCUAUAGAUGUAAUGAAACACUUCUAGUU